AUGAAGGAGCAACUACCAGCGCCAUAUCAUGUCAACACGUGGUUCUUUGUAUGCGGACCGCUUGCUGUCAACACAUUUUUGCUCGGAAUAGCAAUAAAUUUACAUAUAUUUAAUAAGAACAAAUUAGCAUUUGACCGGGUGAUGGACAUGCGAUCAGACGAAGUGCCGACAGCUAGUGGAGUGUUCAAGACGGCUGUCUUUAUGUUUCUAUUGCAAUUUUUGCUUUUCAAUGGAGAAGCAUCUAGACGUGGUGAUACUUUUGGAGUAGAUGAAACACACAUGGAAAUCUUGCUACUAGGUUAUGUCGCUAUUGCAGCCACAUUACUCUUAUGUCCGCUUGAUAUCUUGCACUUCAAGUUUCGGAUGUUUAUACUGCGUAGAUUGGCACGUUGUUUCUGGCCAUUUCAGCAGUUUUCUUUUAAAUUGCCACCACAUGCAACGCCUUUCAUUGAAGUGUUUAUAGCUGACGGUAUGACAUCACUAUCGAAAUUCAUUCAGGAUUUGUCCGUGGGGCUUUUGUUGUUAUUAAUGUCAUUCCACAGCGAUCCGGAAGACUUGCGAGAAUCGUAUAUGUCCAAACUCAAAGAGUCACCAUUACCAUACUUUGCAGCAAGUACACCGUACAUCAUUCGAGCGACACAGUGUUUAAUUUCAUUCCAACGGACGCAAAGUGUAAAUGAUCGAUUUCUUCACCUUUUAAAUACCAUGAAAUACUGCUCGAGUCUGCUGGUCAUUUCAGCCGGAGCGUAUCCCAUGCUACGAGGGCUUGCGCGACCGGAGCGGAGCAGCUUUUUCUUAUUUUGUGCAGUAUUUAACUCGCUUUACUCAUUUCUGUGGGAUGUCGUCAUGGAUUGGGGUCUUGGUCAGCCUCGAUUGCCUAGAAGAAUUGCCUUCUUGCGUCACCACUUAACUUAUCGGCCACGAAAAAUUUAUUAUGUCAUUAUCGUACUGGAUUUUGUACUCCGUAUCAUGUGGGUGACCAAGUGGUGGGAUUGGAUGCAUCGUGGUGUUCAUUUUAAACUCAUUUCCCAAAUUGCUGAAGUCGCACGUCGUAUUGUUUGGAAUUGUGUACGUGUGGAAUGGCAGUGCAUCAAACUGGAUAUCCUUUCUACUAAAAAGCUUUCUGCCGACAGUCUUGAACUCGAAGAGUUUGUUGAAAAGGUACCAUUGAUGCAGGAUAAUCAAGAAGGUACUCGUGAGGACAUGAAACCCAGACUGAGAACACCAAGUCGUCCGAAUUCGUUCGUAAUUGAGCACAGUGGCACUGAAUUAAACACUCCGAACUCUCUUCAUGAGAAUGAACCGUUUAUUCCAGUUGAUGAUAGCACAGAAACGCAAUCGGAUGAUAUGGUCACCCCUCUUGACAUUACCGUCACUCAUCUUCCAGAACAUCCUCAAACGAUGCUCGUGACUCACGGUGAUACGUAUCAAUGA